GUCGACUGCGCUUGCGCAUUGUCAUUAGUUGGAAGGAUUCGUUGACGCAACACCGAUUGAACUCGCAAAAUGGAUGUAUCUUUGGACGAUUACAUGCGAAAUAGGGGCCUAAACUCCUCCAAGAGAGGAAGGCAAAAUGGUGCUGGGCGCGGGCGUGGGCGCGGCGGACAGGGAAGAGGUGGUCAGAGGUUUGGUGGGGACAGGCAGCAGAAGCAGAGUAUACAGAGUCCUCAAGGAGUCAAGGCUGGGAAUGGGAGGAUGAUCAGGGGCAGGGGCAGGAAGCAACAUACUGGUAACAGGCAGAUCACCCCCAAAAAGACUGGAAAUAAUAACAGUAACAUUGCCAGCCGACUUGGAAUAAAGAAAUCUCCUUUGCUACUGAUUCAGCAAAAUAAAUUGGCCAUGAGAAUAGCAGCAAAUAAUAAACAGAAAUUUGGAGCCGGCAGAGUGACUGGAAACCAGCAACAAGGAUUUAUGACAAAGAAACUUGAUGCAAGAUUAAAACUGGCCCAGAAAAAGCUAAAAAUUACAGACGCUCGGCAGAAAAUUCUGCAGAAGACAAAGGGGCAGACUUCAGAUGCUCGAAUCACUAUUCAAAAUAAUCUUGCCAAAAAAGGACUUGCUACUAAGAAAAAGAAACCUCCACAAUCAAAUAAGAGUAUCAUCAAUGCAGCCAUUCCAAAGGUUGUGUUUAAAAAUACACAGGCGCAGCAGCAGAACAAAAGACAAGCAGUGACCACACAAGAUUCCAGCGGGAGCAUUUUGAGAACAGUUGACUGCAGGCCACCUGGGCAGCAAGGAAUUCCAAUGAGAACUGUAAAAAACAAAUCAGCUGUGCCAUUGUCACCAUCAUCUCUUCAAGCAGACGAGGAUGUGGUUCUCACAAGGACUGUGAAUCAGCAAGUUCGAGGAGGCGGCCGGAGGCGUGGACGUGGACGGGGUAACACUGUUCAGAUUGCUCGGACAGUACCUCAAGAUAUUGUCAUGAUGGAUGAUGAUGAGCCUGUGUCAUUGAUGACCAGGACUGUUCCUAACCAGACAAGGUCCUUUGCCAGAGGUAGUAUGCUGAUAACUACUAGAGGUGCACCACAGCCUGUCAGACAGGCCCCAGCCCCAGUACAGUACGUCCAGCUCCAGGCACCAGCUCCAGUACAGUACAUGGAAGAAGACGACCCGUACACUUCACAAGGCCAGUUGUUUCUGGGAGGAGGGAGUGGCCAAGGCCGAGGCACUUUCGCCAGAAUGUCAAACGAUCAGUUUCAAGAGCCAGUGCAGGUAGCACAGCAAAUCAUCAGGAGGGCAGCGCCGCCAAGACCUAAGAAGGCGACACCUGUUGUCAAAAUCAUAAAUGAGGAGGAAGAUGUUGUGCUCAGUCCGCUGCAGGGCUAUAAAGUCAUGGUGACAAAUCUUCAUCCUGUUGUUACACAAGAUGAUAUCAUAGAGUUAUUUGCUGCAGUUGGUCCUCUAAAGCGUGUGCGUAUUCCAAGGAAAAGUGUAGCUGAGGUUGUGUUUGUCAACAGGGAUGACGCGUUGACUGCUGUGAGGAAAUAUCAUAAUAGAGAACUUGACUCCCAACCAAUGCAGCUGAAAUUGGUGACACCUCUUCCCUCCAAGGAUGUUCAAACUCCGGUAUUUAGGUUGCCAAAAUCUGCAGCAUCAGACGGCCCAAAGGAGAAAGUAGACAUUGAUAUGUCUGUUGUACACAAAGCUCUGUUCAGAACAAAUUCUAAGGAUCCCAGUGCACCCCCUCCGAAGCCAGUCACAUUCACAGUGAAAAUAUAAACAUUUACGAUGUGUGGAUUUUUGGACAUUGAAUUGACUUUUGGAGUCAAGGAUUUUGAAGUGACUUUUGUGUCAACGACGGUGAUUUUUAAUACAUCUUCCAAAUUAUGACAGAAUGUUUUGUUGUAUCUGUAAUUCCGAUGUAAAUUCUCAAAAAAUUUGGUUCAACUGUUAGAAAAUAUUAAGUUGCUUAAUCUGAGCUCGAUGGACUGUCAUUUUAUGAUCAUCUUCCAUUGGGAAACCCAUUCACACUGCCAUUAUAUUCACGUCAGAGAAACUAUUUAUGUUGUAAAUUAAUAGGCAUUCAUUACAGUAGUUGGACAAUUAUAGGCCUACAUGCAGUGAAUAAGGAAUUAUGAUGAAACAUUUAUCAAAUAGGGGGCCGUUGAUUUGGUAUGUACACUCAAUUUUUCAGUUCUACCCCCCCUUGUCACCAUGCGCCUGGACCACCACCUGCAUACAUCUACUAAAAGGUUGUCAGUUGAUUUGUGUAUGUAGUCAGUGCCACAGUUAAUAUUGUCAGUCUGCAUAAUAAAAUAUGAUGAAAGUUGCUUUUGUAAACAAAGGUACAUUAGUAUUUCAUAACAUUCGAAAUCAGUUGACUCUUAUAAUUUUCACUUGAAAACUCAUCUCUUUCAUACUAGUGGCAGGUUGAUCAAAUUGCCCUUUCAAUCCUCCUCAACCUGCAAAUGUAUUAAAAAUGAACAUCAAAUUUACUAAUGAGUUCUACCCUUAGUUGCCUACAUACUAGAUAAAUUGCCCCCCAACGGUGAUUGAUGCAUAAGCGACAAAGGCCCUUGCCUUCAGCAGGUUGAGCUGAUUAUCCAUUUGUUUAACUUUUUUUCCAGUCGUUGGUGUAGGAUGUUUUGUUAAUCGGUAAUCCUGUACAUUUAGAUAAUUGUCGGAUUCCUGCAGAUGAAUAUUUAUAGUAUUAAUAAAAGCAAAGAUUUCUGUUGAAAGCUAAGAAUUUUAAACUUUUCGUUUUCCAUCACCAGAUGACUGAUUCUUAAAGGGCUUAGACAUAGUCAGAAAGAUUUUAGUGUUCCUGCUGCCCUUGUGUAUGUAUAUCAUACAUGUACACUUCAAACUUCUCUUAGCAAAGAAAAUGCUCGCAUUUUAAGUGUGGUUAAUCUAAGAACUAUUUUAUGAAAAAAAUGUGUCAUUUGGCCACAAGUGUACAGUAUUGUUGAACGAAAAUAAACACUGUUCUAUUCUCAAAA